AUGCGGCCGUCGUCGUGGGAGCUUCUGCGGGUUCGUCGGUUCUUGGGGAUAGUGACGCUGGUGCUGCUGCCUCAGGAGACGGUAGGCCUUCUAUGUGCAGCUCCUCCAGAUAUUCCUGAUGGAUCUCACAGUGGAACUGGAAGUCCUUAUACUUAUGGAAUAGUGAUAACAUACAAUUGCAGUGAGAAUUUCUCGCUUAUUGGAGCACCCUCUAUUUCUUGUGGCGUAGAUAAUACUCAAGCAGUGUGGAAAGGAAAACUCCCCAAAUGCAAAGUGGUGAAAUGUAAAGAUCCAGUAAUUGAGCAUGGAAUAAUAUUAAGUGGAUUUGGACAUUUGUAUACAUAUGGCGACAAUAUCACAUUUGAAUGCAAAAUUGGAUAUUUUAUGAUUGGAAGUUAUUUGAUUCGAUGUGAGGAGAACAGUACUUGGUGUCCUGAGGUGCCAUCAUGUAAAAAAAUUCAUCCACAAUUAUGUGGUGCCCCAUUAAUUCCAAGUGGGGCUGUGCAUCCAUUGCAACAUCAAUACAAAAUUGGAAUGGUUGUUGCUGUAACCUGCAGUCGGCACUAUUCUUUUCCUGAUGAAACCAUGGAGAUGAGAGUAGCAUGCCAAGGCUACAAUUUGUGGGAUCCUCCUGUGCAACCUUGUUUCUUUAGAACUUCACCAGACACUUUUCGGCUGUCUAUCCGUAAUGGAAAAAUAGUCCAUGGGAAGAAAAGCAACUAUGAGCCUGGGGAUACGGUUACUGUUGAAUGUUCUGCUGGCUAUACAUUAAUAGGGCCCUCUGAGAUUCGCUACAUUGGCGGGAAGCAGUGGUCACCUAAAAUGCCAUCUUGUUCUCUUAACACAACAGCAAUUGAUGUGUUUAGUGUCGCUUCUACUUUUGCCCUUAAACAUGUCAACCAGCUGUAG